AUGGUUACUGUUGUGUUGUUAGGAUCAGAGUCUUCACGGGAAAGGCCCCCCAGUAGAGGAUUGAAAGACAAACCUUUCAAUUAUCGGACUAUUGAUCGACAUGUUGUCACUUGGUCUCCAAUGUAUGGGCUCAGUUUGAAGUUGGGAGGUACUGUUCAUACUGAUCUAGAGGGUGGCUUUGUUGCUGUCAAAAAAUUUUGUAAUAAUUUGUCUUCAUUGAUGUGUGUUGUGUUCCUUCUGCAGGCCCUCCGUAAAAUGAAUCACCCAAAUAUCAUAAAGUUGAAAGAGGUUGUUAGAGAAAACAAUGAACUAUUUUUCAUUUUUGAAUACAUGGAUUGUAAUCUUUAUCAAUUAAUAAAGGAGAGAGAGAAGCCCUUUUCAGAGGAAGAGAUACGGUGCUUUGUGAGGCAAGUGCUACAAGGACUUAGUCAUAUGCACAAGAAAGGAUUCUUUCAUCGGGAUUUAAAACCUGAGAAUUUGCUCGUAACAAAUGAUGUUUUGAAAAUUGCUGAUUUUGGACUAGCUAGAGAAGUAUCCUCGAUGCCUCCAUAUACUCAAUAUGUUUCCACACGGUGUCUUUAUCCUCUGAACAUGUUUAAUGAGAAAGGGAAAUUACAUGAAUAUGGGAUAUGUUUAUUCCUAAAAUUGAACUAUUACGCUUCCAUUACAUCUUAUAAAAUUCCUUUCUCCGUUGAUAGUGAAAUAGAUCAACUGUACAAAAUAUAUGGCAUUCUUGGGAUGCCAGAUUCCACUGCUUUCACCAUUGGGGCAAACAACUCUCAAUUAUUGGACUUAGUUGCUCAUGAAAUUGUUCCGCCUGUGAAGCUUUCUGAUAUUAUUCCAAAUGCUAGUUCGGAAGCUAUAGACUUGAUGACACAACUGUUACAUUGGGACCCAUCACGAAGGCCAGAUGCAGAUCAGUCGUUACAACAUCCAUUUUUCCAUGUGGAUGCAUGGGUUCCUUGUCCACUCAGUGAUCCACUUGAGCUGAAGCUGAGUAGCAAUAGGGCAAAGCCAAAUCUUGAGCUGAAACUGCAGGAUUUUGGCCCUGAUCCCGAUGAUUGUUUUCUUGGCUUGACUUUAGCUGUAAAGCCCAGCGUUUCAAACUUAGACGUGGUCCAAAAUGUAUCGCAGGGUGUCAGAGAGAACAUGCUAUUUUGCUCAGAUUUCAAUGACCAUUCAGAUCAGUCAGUAUUCUGGACCUUAUUAUCUCCUGAUCGAAAUGGUGUUCCUAACACAGCAGAGACUUCAUUGUCAUUGUCUUUCAGUUCAGUGCAACAUCCACCAAUUGGAGUUCCACAGUCAGCGGGAUUUUCUUUUCAGCCUUUGCAGCCUAACAUCUUAACUACACCAUUUUUGGCUUUGUCUUCUCCCUUCCAGCGCGGUCACUGCCUUUGA